AUGAUAAAGAAAGGAAUGAAAUUAGGACAUAAUGAAAUAAUGAUAGUAUCAAAAUAUUUUGAUAGCAUCAAUGAUUUUAUUAAUUUAGAAAUUGGAAUUAAAAGAUUUCAAGGAAAUAUAGAACGAUUUCAUUUUAAUCCAAUUCCAUUAAAUGAACAUUCAAGAAAAUUAUUUUCUAAUAUUGAAACAUUUCAUAUUUAUGAUAGAAAGGAUAAAAUAUUUGAAGAUGGGAAAAUAAAUAAAAAAGUAAUAUGGUAUAAAUUAAAAUAUUCAACAUACUUAGAAGAAAAACAAAAAUGGAACAUUUGUGAAAAUAUCGAAUACACAAAAGAAGAUAGAAAUAAAUAUGGGAAUACAAUACCAUCAGAAGUUAAAUCACUUGGAAAUGAUUGUUUUGAAUGUUGUGAAGAAAUGAUAUCAAUUAAUAUACCAACAACAAUUACCAAAAUAGGUUGGAGUUGUUUUAGUGGAUGUCCAUGGUUGAAUGAAGUUAUUAUUCCAUCAUCAGUUAGUAAAAUAGGAGGAAGUUGUUUUGGUUCUUGUACGUCGUUGAAAUCAGUUAGUGUGCCAACGACAAUAACUAAAAUAGGGGAUUGUUGUUUUUCUGGAUGCAAAUCAUUAACAUCAAUAGAUAUACCAUCAUCUGUUAGUAAACUAGGUGAUUAUUGUUUUGAAGGAUGCUCGUCAUUAAGUAAGAUUGAUAUACCAAGAAGUGUUAAAGAAAUAGAAAAUGGAUGUUUUUCAGGAUGUUCCUCGUUAACAUCAAUUAAUUAUGAGUACAUUCAAUUUAUUAGUGAGGAUAGAAUAUUUGUAAAUAAACAGAGUAUGGCAUCUAUUGAAAUUAAUAAUUUAAAAUUGGUUAAUGGAAAAGAAAUAAAACGAAGAAGUAUCAAUGAGUUUGUUAUUCCAACAACAAUUAGUAAAAUUGAAACUAGUUACUUUGCUGAAUGCACAUCAUUAACUAGUAUGAAUAUAGAUAAUCUCCAAUUUGUUAGUAAAGAAAGAAUAUUUAUGAAUGAACCAACAUUAAUUAGCAUUAAAAUACCAGAAAGUCUACAGACAAUCAAUGGAAAAGAAGUACAAAAGAAAGACAUUAAUGAAUUUAUUAUUCCAACAACAAUUACUAAAUUAGGAAAUGAAUGUUUUUCAGGAUGUUCAUCAUUAACAACAAUUACUAUCCCAACAACUAUUAUUGAAAUAGGAAGUAGUUGUUUUAAUGAAUGCAUAUCAUUAAUAUCUAUUAACAUUCCAACAGUGGUUAGUGAAAUAGGAGGUUAUUGCUUUAUUCAAUGCAGAUCAUUGACAUCAAUUGUUAUACCAACAUCAAUUAGUAAAUUAAGAAAAUGGUGUUUUAGUGGAUGUAAGUUAUUAACAUCAAUUGAGUUACCUACAACAAUUAGUAAAAUAGGACAUGGAUGUUUUAAUAAAUGUUCAUCAUUAACAUCAAUUACUAUACCAACAACAAUUAGUCAAUUAGGAGAUUGGUGUUUUAAUGAAUGUACGUCAUUAACUCAAAUACAUAUACCAUCAUUAAUUAGUAAAUUAGGGCUCUGGUGUUUUUAUGGAUGUACGUCAUUAACAUCUGUUAACUUACCAACGUCUGUUAACGAACUAGGAAAUGAAUGUUUUAGAAAAUGUUCAUCACUGACAUCAAUCAGUAUUCCAACAUCACUUACAUUAUUUGGAAAGAGUUGUUUCCGUGGAUGUGGAUGUGAAGAGGUGUUAAGGCAGAAUGAAAGACUACCAAGAAAGUGCUUUGAAGAAUAA